GCGAAACAGACGACGUAAUCAUGUGCUUGUGGACAUCUGCAAAGGCCCAUGUGCACCCCAAGCGUCUUUCUUGUUCGGAUAAUGGACGGGUCUCGCGCUGCGCAGUUCUAGCCGCCGGAGCUGGGCAUCGGCCAUCCAGCCUGGAGGGUUCCCGUGUUUUUUUCUUCUUUGCUGCUGGGAUCAAGAAAAUGCCAAGAUGACGUUGGAUGGGAGACUUGCACGGCGGUUCCUGGGGGGAUGCAGGAUCGAAGCCGCGCGUGGAAUCUGGCCAUGCAGGACCAGACGGCCCCUGUAAAGCCGAGGGCCAUCUGCGACGCGUCUAUGUUUGGACGAACAUCGCCUAUGGCCCACCGAGGCACACCCCCAAUGUCUUCUAGACUUUCCGAGCUCCUGCCAGCUCCGCCUGUCACUCGCCUGACCUCUGACCACUGAGGUAGGUCAACUGCGCCGUGCGCCAAAAAUAGGGCGGGUGGUGGUGGAUCUUUCCGCCAGAGUCCAAAUCUUCAGAGCUUAACGGUCGCAACGGGCGGCGAACGUCUCGCUCUAGUAAGAUCCUCACCGAUACUAGUGACUGGGAGCUGUCACACCCACCGAUAAGCAUAAUCUCGACGAGACGUCGGUUACCAGGCCCAACGCAAGAGAUAGCUUGUGGACAGAAAUGACAACCGGUUCGCCACUUCCAGAUUCGAGGGAUUGACCGUAAUCCCACCAGAUCCCAACUGGUAUCAAAUAUGUGGCAUCAAUACAGCGUGACAGAAGACACCGA